GCCGCGGACACUGACGCGUCGCGACGCCGUCCGCCGCCGCCAGCAAGUGUUCCUCGCUCGCCGCUGCCACUACCUUCGACGCAGUGACACGGUCUCAAACCGGAGAAAUAGUCGCCCUACCCAGUUCCCCGCGUCACAACUGACGCCCGUUUUAGGACUAACGGAACGUCUGAAAGCAAUAACCUAAUCCCUGAAUUGUUCUCAGACGUAAGAGUGUUUACGAGUGAAAAAUCAAAUUACAUUGCCUCGAGAAUCUGGUGCCUACCUAAUACUGCGUAUUCUGAGACGCUGUCACUACUACUAGACUUGUUACAGUGUUGGUGUGCGAUAAUCUGGCCAUCAGCUGUGGUCGGCGUAUUCCAGAGAACUAUUACAUUGUUGGAGAAGAAACUUAAACUACCGUUGCACUUUCUCCAGCAACAUCGCCGAUACUUCUCCUUCCCAGAAUAGUGCCGCAGUGCGAUAAUAAAGACAUCGUCCCAGUCCAGAAGAAAGGUUGUCUGCUAUCCUAGCCAGAGACAACAUUUGUUUGGAUAAAAAAACGAAAUUCAUUUUAUAACAAACAGACAAUCCAGGAUCACGAACAAAAUUGCUCUAAGAAGAAUAUUCAAUUGGCUGUGAUUUAUUUUCUGCCCCUAUCUCCCGCUUCUCUUACACAGUUGUUUAAGACAAACCACUUAUUUCUAGUGAGCGUAGUCUGAACAACUGUACCUGUAGUUAUUUUCUUAGAAGAGGAACAUAUCUACCUAUCUGAUACAUUCUCCAGAAAUGUCAUAAGCAAUAGAUCCUUGCCACAGUAUUCUCUGUAGUAAUCAAACCAUCGUUUCUGCUCGCCGAAGACGGAAGAACUGCAGUUGUGGUUCUUUUACAUUGCUCUAAUAGAUCUGCUCUACCUGCUCUGGACUGCUGCUACUUCCUCUGCACAGCUUCGCUACAACUAUCAGUUCUGGUCGGGUUUUUCUUACCAUCACAAUAGUGUCUGACGUAGUCUCCCGCAGUGCAAAUUGUUCAUCCUAGUCACUGUGUUAGUAUGGACCUUUUCACCGAUCAAGGAAGACCGAAAAACAGACGAUAUUAUUUAAGUUCUUCUUGACAGAAACAUAACUGCCUGCUGUCGUGCACUCUUGAUCGCCUACCACUGCUUCUGCAUUCCCGCACUAAUGUGCUGGUGUAUUACAACCAAGUCAUUCCCUAUGGUUGACAGAGACAGAAGAGCUGCAGCUGAGUGACGACCAAAAUCCGAAUGCUAAAUGCGCGGUGAAUGUACUGUCCAGUUUUCAAAAGAAAUUACGCUACUACAGACAGAAAAUAGUGUGAAUAUAUCCGAGCAGCCUUGCCGUGUGACCAGUUUAGCCUGCAGGCUGGGACAUUUUUACAAGGAAGAAACUGCCUAUAUACGUGAAAAACGUAAGUGUUCAGUUUCUAGUGCAUUGCUAAAAGAUAAACUGUAGUGUGACAAGGACGUCGCAUUGUUCCGUCACGUGAUCGAAUUUCCUAAAUCAAUGCACGGUGAACGGAGUGUUGCAAUAUAUAAUAAUUAGACGUCAAUGCGAAGAGCAAAGUGUACUUCGCGUAACCAAUUCCUGAUCUUCUCCUUCACCCAGUACCCUCCUUCGACCCUCACCCUGACCCCACCAUGUCUGAAAGGAAGCAGAAACAGCGCCUCAAGAAGGCACGCCGGAUGUCGGCAGCAGCUGCUGACGAGGAGAAUGUCGCGUCGCCCGCUGAAGGUCCGUCCUCGAGCCGUGUAAUGGGCAAACACAGAGAGCGAGACGAAGGUCCCAGUGUGGUGGCAGCGGUGGCUGGACCCGCUAAGCGGCACCACAAGCGCGAGCGAUGGCUCAUGACGCGCAAGACGUGGCGCUACAUGGCGGAUGCAGGCCGCCGCCUCAUCCCGGAGGGCGUGCGCAACAGGCCGGAAGACCUGCCCAAAGUCGAGGCCCACUUCCAGGAGGUGUGUCGCCGAGAGCCGCGCUUCCUUCUCUGGAGGAAGGCGUCCUACCCUGGAGCCCUAGGGUUCAGGAGGAAGCAACACCACAGGCGGAAGAAAGGAGGCAGUUGUCGGGAGAGGAUGGCCAGCUCGGCAGACGAGGCCGAAGAGGGAAUAGCGCCGUCGGGAACUGGGGCACUCCUCCUCAAGCCCGAACCGGGGGGCAGGUUCGAUCUGCAGAGGCUGCGGAGAGAGUUUCUGCUGGGACCGGACACCGCCGACGGAGAUACCGCUCCUAGUGUCCCUCCUCGCAGACCCGAUUCCCUCCCUCUGCCGGGCGCCACCGGCUUCGCCUUCCGCCCACAGAGGCAGCAAUUGUCCCCCACGUCGGAAGAAGCUGAGCGCAAGGAAUUCUUGGAGCUCCUCAAAGAGGUUCUCGACCAACAACAGGAAGAAACGUGUCCGGACCCUGCCGACAGACACAGUGAAGAUAUUGAUUUCGAUAAACUUCUCGAACAUCUGCGUGCUGUGCAGGCUUCUCCGGAUGACGACACGGAGCCCGACUCGCGGGGAUUCGUCCCGUUGCAGACGGUCAAGGAGCACACUCAGUUGGAAACGGCUGACAGGAAACUCGCCCUGGGCAGUGGGAAGCUGCCACCUUCGAGGAGCACUGACCAGCUGUACUACCAGCUGAAGAAAACCGACCAGAGCAAAGGGGAAACUGCAGACCACCAGUUUCGAGUGAACCUCAGGAAAGUUGAGGACCAGAACCAGCAAGGAGGCAGUAGCCAAGAUUUUAGGUCGAGGUUGAAGCAGAAGAGUCCAGACCGGAGUAGAGACGGAGCCUCGAGCAGAAGUUUUUUUCCCACUCUGCGGAGCAGGAGCACGCCGGACGUCGUCGGUGGAAGAACUCCGGAAACGUACGGUGGGAGACAGGGAUCAGAUUUUUCUCCAAAAUUCUCCCCCAGAUCAGAAUCACACUACGUUCCCACCACGUCUCAGCAUCAGAUGCUGCUAGACACUUUGCGGCGCCACUACAGCAAAUCUACGAGUCGUCAGAAAGUUAUAUCCGAUCUCCUGACCGACCGAAAGUUGCUAGCUAAACUGUACUUCGACCUCCAGAAGAGCAGAGAGUUCGGGAGACGCAAAGGUGGCGGAAGCAGCAGCCCAGACUCCCCCGGGUUCUGGAAGGAAGCCGGGUCGGGAAGUGCAGAAGGGCAGUAUCGCCUCAGGCGGCGAGAAGACGGGCACAGGGCCGCAGGAGAGGACGCGUACGACAAGCAGGACUUCAGCGGCUGGAAAAGGUCCGGGCGACAGCAGAAACAGAGGUCGAGGGACGCCUCGCCGUUUUCGCCGCCGCCACUCAUAGAAGUGCAAGAAGACGAGGAGGAGCGCUACGCCACCGCGAGCACGCAGACUCCUCCCAUUCCGGCAUCCACGAUAGCGGCCAUCGAGGAAUACAUUCGCAAGAGAGAGGCUGCCGCAAAGGAGGAGAAGGAACCGGAGUCGUCAGGUAAGGAAGCCGAGACGGCGGAGACAUACGUGCCGCAGCCGAGACGCAGGAGCAGCGUCGACCACGACGACGUCUCGCCGUCCGUUAGCGACACGAUCAAGAGGUACCUUCGCAUGGCUCGCAAGAAGAGUGUCGAUGCGGACAAGCAAGACCGGUUCAAGCGAGUGAAUUACGACCGCAACCUGCGCAACAUUCGGCCUAAGGGCGAGAUAGGCGGACCCGGCGACGACGACGGGCUGGGCAAAGGGGCGCAGACGGAGCAGUCGUGGGUGGAGGCGAUGCGCCAGCUGCACGUGCAGGACGCGUCCGCGAGCGAGGCGGCGGGCUCUGGCGCGCCGUCGGACGGCAGCCGCGCGCCCAGCUCUCGCAGCAGCUUCGACGCGGGCAGCUGCAGCGGCAGCGGGCUGCUGUCGCCGCCCAGCCCCGGCCGGCCGCAGGGGCUGCUCGCCUCCGGCCACAGCUUCCUGCAGCACCUGCUGCACGGCCUACAGCAGUCUUCCUCUUCUGCUCCCGCAGCGUCCGCGGUCGCCGGCGGCGUCGGCGUCGGGGGCAGCGGCGGCGCCGCGGGGCCCGUCGCCAUGCAGAAGUCCAAGUCGUCGUCGUCCGUGGUGCACCACGGCAGCCGCCUCGUCGCCAAGAAGAUAUGGCGCGCGCGCUCCAAGAGCCAGAGCCGCGCCUCGGCGCAGGCCACCUGCACCUGGACGCCGCAGGGCAACUGCACGUGGUCGAACGUGACGGGGAGGCAGGUGCAGCUGUCGGACGCGCCGCUGCUGCAGCUGAGCGAGCCCGAGCGCCUGGUGCUGGCGCAGGUGGCGCUGGCCAAGCUGCGCGCGCUCAACCUGGGCGUCACCGUGCGAGUGCCCUCCGAUACGGUGGCGGCGCCGUCGCACAAGCCCAAGAGGCGUGCCUACCUGCUCAAGCGGAAGGCGCUCACCACCGGCUUCUUCGACACUGGCCGCGCCAAGGACGCCGACAAGGACAAGGAGAACACGGGGCAGGUGUUCGGCGUGCCGCUGAGCCAGUGCGUGGAGAACGAGCGCGUGAGCAGGCUGGCGCUGAGGGGCAGCCGCAGCGGGGACCUGCGCCAGCAGUCGCGGCACGGCAGCCGCUCCUCCUUCAGCAGCCUCAUAGAGGGCGCCAGGCCCGAGGAGAGCGGCUCGUGCGAGAGCCUGCUGGUGGGCAGCGUGCCCGGGCUGCUGGACUCGCUGUCGUGCGGCUCGUCGGCCGACAUCCUGACGGCGCCGCCGCCCGACGACGAACCGUGCAUCCCCGGCGUCGUGGCCGCCUGCCUCAACCACCUCGAGACCUACGGCCUCAACACGCUCGGCAUCUUCCGCGUCAGCACCUCCAAGAAGAGGGUUCGCCAGUUGCGAGAAGACUUCGACUGUGGGAAGGAUAUUACCCUUGGUCGGGAUCACUGUCCACAUGAUGUGGCCACUCUGUUGAAGGAGUAUUUCAGGGAUCUGCCAGAACCGUUGCUUUGCAGGGACCUGUAUCCAGCCUUUGUUCAGACACAGCGGAUACGAAACAGACGGCUGCAGUAUGAAGCUCUGCAGCACUUAAUUCAGCUCCUGCCUGUGGCAAACAGAGACACCUUGUGGUCACUCGUCAGCUUCUUGGCCAAUGUCGCAAGACAUGCUCCAGAUACCCAGGAUGCCUCAGGUGAAUGGGUCUUGGGUAACAAGAUGGAUUCCAACAAUUUGGCAACUGUUUUUGCUCCAAAUAUUCUGCACUGUGUAAAGCCAGGAGCAUCUAAAGACAUACCUACCACACAGGAAAGAGCAGAGGAUCGGAUAGAUGUUAUCAAUGUUUUACGCACUAUGAUAGAUCACUAUAGGGACCUUUUUAUGGUGCCAGCAGAGCUUCUAGAUGAAGUGUACGUGCAUAUGAUGGACAGUCACCCUGAUGCACUCAAUCAGCUUCUCAACAAGCGUGCUGGGACAGAUGAUGUCCUGGAUGAUUUGGAGACACCUACUCAAGAAAGUGAGUCAACAUCAACACCAAGAACACCAACAGCUGACGUUCUUGAGCUACAUCUAGAAGAACCAGCAGAAGCAUCAGCAGCACAUGGAGUUAUACGAAGAAUGUGGUCUCGUGAAGAGUUUCUCCAUGAAACAGCAGGCAUGGGUGGACCAGAUGUGGCAAUGAGACCCAGACAUAAAGAACGCACUCGAGAAAGACCUUCUAAGAAACGGUGGCGUGAGGAACCGCUGAAACACAAUCGUCCAGCCGAAGGAGACAGCAGAAAAUCUAGUGAUGCCAGUGCAGUAAGUGGUGAAGGUACUGUCAUCACUGCAUCACUGAAGAUUCCUGUCCCUGGAUCACUAGGCAUCGAUGAGAGUGACAUACCUUUCAUUGAAGACAGUGGCUGCAGCGCAUCCACAGACAGCCAGCAGGGAGCAGUGCAUGGGUCGACGACAAGACGGCGACGGCAGCACUCUGCUAGUGGUAGUGAUUCAUCGCAGACCUCAAUCCAUCCAUCUGCGUCAGCUGAUUCAGCACUGGGAUCUUCAUCAGUAGCCACCACAACCGUAAGCAGUCCGCCUCGACAUGCAACGCCACCAUCUCUUUGCAGCAGUGCUUCGCCUCCACCAUCCUGGGCAUCCAGUCCACCCACAUCUCCUGAUGCAGCUGCAAAUGCAUCGUUUGUGGGUCUACAUGAUGACAGAACAACUCAUCUAACUGCUGGUGCAAAGUCUUCCUCUGUUACUGCAUACCAGAGGCAACAGUCAGAACAAGUUAAGGGCACUGUAGUUAUGGCAAAGGAAGUGGCACCUAUUAUUCUUCAGAAAGUGACAUUUGCUUCCACAAGUGAGCUACGACAAACUCAGAAAGUGGCAGAACAAGCUCCAGUGAUACAUUCUAAAGAAUUUCCUCCUACUGUAGAACAGCACCAUGUUUCCAAAGGAAGUGGAAUGCCUGUCUCCUCACUACAAGUAGCAGACCAGUUAUCUAAAAGUGCUAGCACUUCCUCUAUGCCAUCAGGUAGUGUUUCUUCUAAACAAGUGAUAGUACAGGACCCCAAGACAAAUACAGAAGCAUUGGAACAAAGGCUGAGUGGUGACAGGAAGUACACUGCAAGUAUAUCAAGUAUUGGGGGAGCUGUUUUGCGCUCAAAGACAGCAGAUAUAGAACGUAUGUUGAGGAUAGAGAAAGUGGAAAAUGCAAAAGCACCACAGGUGGUUGAACCUGCACAUCAGGGAGACCAAGAUGAUAAGAAGAAGUACACAAAGCGCAGGUAUACUGAAUCUCGUCAUCAGACAAGGCAUAUUCCUGAUGUAAACACUUUGCGAGAUGCAGGUGUAGCAGCAGAGAUGUCUGUACCCACAGUAACAGCAGCCCAAAGAAGAAACCAACAGCAACAGGGGCCUGUGUAUAAGAGAAGAGAACUGAUUGCUAGUGAUCCAAAACAAAAUGAAACAUUUCUAUAAACAAUUUCGUAUUAUAUGAUUGCUAGUCAUCAGUGUGUUCCUGUUUUGUACUUGAUAAAUGUACCAUGAAGAAAGAAACUGUCUGACAUAUGCUUCUAUGAUGUACAUACACAACUUUUUCUUCACUAAUCUACUCUUGUUGUAUGCUUGUCUGUGCAAUGUUACUACAAAAUAUUCACAACAUUGCUUCUCAAAACAGAUUUAAUAAGACAAUACACACCCCCCCCCCCCCCCCCCCCGUCUCUCUCUCCCUCUCUUUCCCCCUCCCCCUGCCCCCUUCAACAAACUCUUCCCUCUCUUAUUCUUACGAAGUACAAUACUAUAAGAGUACAGUCUGUAUAACAAAAGAAAUAGAUUGUCAUUGCUAGUUUUAUUAUGAAUGGAUCUUAUAAUGACAAGUUUUACAGUGUUAAAUCUACAUUGUAACUAAUAAAAUUGCUGAUUACUUUCUUUUCUGAGAGCAAUUGGUGCAAAGGUUUUCCUUUACUAUCAAUUUUGUUAUCAUGUUCUAUGCUAAUUUGUCAAAAAGUUGAUUUUAUCACAUCUCACUGUCACUUUUGAAAGAUUAGUUUUUGCCAUGUGUUAUCAGUUCUGCUACAUUACAAGUCACAGGAAGUACAACUCAAGUAAAACACAAAUGAAAUGUACAAUGAUUAUACUCUGCAUAAGAUGAAUGAUUUCUCUGUACAAUAUUUAUUUUACAGAAAUACUGCAUAUAAAUAUAAAUUUUAAUUUGUAAAGGA